AUGUCGCUGCUGUUGGAAGAGGCCGAGCGCCGCUUCGAGGCCCGGCUGCUGGUGGCUCAGAGGGAGCAUGCUGCAGAGGUGCGAGCGCUUGAGGCUAAGGCCAGCAUCGCCGAAACCGAGCUGCGUGCGGCAACCGCCAAAGCACUCGCUGAUGCGGAGUGGGCGGUGAAGCAAGCGGAGAGGCGGGCGCAGGAGGCGGCGGAAUUUCAGCAAGCGGCGGAGCGGCGGGCGGAGGUCGUGCGACAGCAGGCGGAGGCGGAGCGCGGGCGCUUCGAGGAGCUCCUGGCGCAGGAGCGGCGCGAGAAAGAGGCGGCAGUGGCCGACUUGGAGCGCCGCAUGCAGAACCUCCAGCAGAGCACCGAGCAGCGCGUGCAGCAGAUGCAAACCGCCCUGCACGCCUCCCAGGCGGAGGCGGCUGCUGUGGUCGCUGAGUGCCGGCAGAUCACCGCCGCGGCGCAGGUCCACGCGGAAAGCACGGCAAAACGGGCGGAAGCGGCUGCUGACGCCAGGACGCAGGCGGGCCAGGCCCAGCUUUGCGCGCAGCUGCAGCAGGCCCAGGAUGUGCAGGAUGCAUGCCGCGCCGAGGCGCAGCAGAGGGUGGAGCAGGUGCAACUGGAGGCUGAGAUCAAAUUGGACCUCGCCACCCGCAACGGCCUUCUGGCAGCCCAAAGAGGCGCUCGGGCGGCCGACGCGCACUUGGCGCUGACACGCGCGGAUAGGGGCGGGCGCUGA